AUGACCAUAAUUAACAGUCGCCGCGCCGUGAUCGUUGAUGACGAGAAUGGGGAAUACGAAGGGAACGAAUCCGUUGUCAUAGCCGACGAUGACGAAGAGGUCUACGAAACGGCUCGCACGGCAAUAGCCGUGAACGAUGACGAAGACGAAGACCCGGUUGACGACGACGACACCGCGGAGGACGAGGUGGUGGUGACUGCUGUGGCGGUGGAAGACCCGGACGCGGCGGAUGACGAAUGGCAGAUUCGCCGGGUUGCGGCAGCUCGCACGGUGUUGCCGGAUCUUGACGGCCCGUCGCCGCGGGAUAUCCAGCGGGAGGAGCGCGACUGGGCCGACGUGGAUACCAACGAAGGCACCGAUGCGCUGGACGACCCGGUGCGGAUGUACCUGCGGGAGAUCGGUCGGGUUGAUUUGCUGACGUCGGCUGAUGAACGUCGGUUGGCGCGGGAGUUGGAAGGACUGAACCACCUGAACAAGCUGGAGAAGGAACUGGCAGAGCAGCCGGCCGAAGAUCCGGCUGUUAGCUACGUGGCGCUCGGCGACGAAGUUCCUGCCGAAAGCAUGGCGUGGGAAGCCGCCAUGGUGUUGCUGGCCCGAAUUGCAAACUCUGCUGCCCUGGUGCGCUCGAUCUCCCGAUACCUGGAUCUUGAACCCAGCAUGUCGCUUCGGGAAGUGCAGGAAUCUCCCCCAUUGCGGAAGGCGAUCGAUGCCGAGGUAUCCCCGGUAAUGGUGGAGCAAAUCGCCCGCGACGUGGACAUUACGCAAGAAGUUGCGCAUCAGCGCGUGGUCCAGCUGUCGUUGGACACCUGGGUGCUGCCUCCGCGGGUGGCCGAUGCGGUUACCGCGUACGUGCCGGUGUGGGCCGAACUUCACCCCGAGGGCGUGGGGGGAUGUUAUACCCCGGAGCAGUGUGUAGACGUGCCGCCGCUUUACGCCGAGGAUGACCAGUGCUCGUUGCUGCUGCUGAGUCAGUUGCUUCGGGACCCGGGGCUGAGCGACCUGGUGGAGAUGGAGAAUUUCAACGCGGCGCUGCAUUUCGAUCGAAUCAAGAGGAACGGCGAGCGUGCUCAAACCCAUCUUACCGAAGCGAAUUUGCGGCUGGUGGUCAGCGUGGCCAAGAAGUACAUCGGCCGCGGAAUGGCGCUGCUGGACAUGAUUCAGGAAGGCAAUAUCGGUUUGAUCCGCGCGGUGGAAAAGUUCGACUACCGCAAGGGUUACAAAUUCAGCACCUAUGCCACCUGGUGGAUUCGCCAGGCGAUUACACGGGCGAUUGCGGAUCAGGCGCGCACGAUACGCAUACCGGUUCACAUGGUGGAGACCAUCAACAAGCUGAUGCGCCACCACCGGCGUCUUCUGCAGGAAAAGGGGCGUGAACCCACCACCGAAGAGUUGGCCGAAGCCAUGGAGAUGACACCUGAAAAGGUGGAAGAGAUUCAGAAGAUAUCUCAGGAGCCGGUUUCGCUGGAGACUCCCAUUGGGGAAGAAGAAGAUUCAUUCCUGGGUGACUUUAUCGAAGACCGAACUACUCUGGCGCCGGCCGAUGCCGCAUCAGCCCAACUGUUGCGUGAACAGGUUCAGGAAGUACUGAACUCGCUGACUGAUCGGGAAAGCCGUGUGCUGAAGCUGCGCUUCGGCCUGGAAGACGGCCGUACCCGUACGCUGGAAGAGGUCGGUAGAGAAUUCGGCGUUACACGGGAAAGGAUUCGCCAGAUCGAGGCCAAGGCCAUUCGCAAAUUGCGGCAUCCAUCGCGCUCCAAAAAGCUGCGCGAUUAUCUGGAAUAA